AUGUCAGAAGACCUUCGAGAUGAGGUAACAUCCAUCAAUUCCAUAUACGGCGAUCAUACACUCUCUUUGAUCGAGUCGGACAUAUACGCAUUGUCAUUACCUUCUCAGCCCGAGGUCUCUCUACGCCUCGAAUUCCCUUCAGACUACCCUGAUACACCUCCAUCCGUCCUUGGCACUCAACACAUUGGAGAUGCAAUUGCCAAGGGCGAGGGCACUGCCAUCUUGGAGCUCGUCCGCGAUGUACUCGCUGAGAUCUACGCACCUGGUACUCCAAGCAUAUUCGAGCUCAUCGAAACCGCUGGCGAGAGACUUCAGCAGCUCGGCCUGGACCGAAGCUCAAAGGACGAGGAAGAACAAAAUGCUCAAACGAACGGUCAGGAUCUCCAUUCAGACUUUGACGACUUGAACAUCUCUGAUGCAAAGCAGCCUUUGGACGAGCUUGGCUAUCCGCCACCAUGGACUACUUCGGAGCCAGUCUCAGAGAAGAAGUCUGUCUUCAUUGCGCGAGCUGCGCCAGUAUUGUCUGUCGAUGAGGCGAAGUCUUAUCUGGCUCACCUUCUUGCUACGGACAAGAAAGUCGCCAAAGCAACUCAUAAUAUCACGGCCUGGCGGAUUCGUGGAGAGAAUGGUGUUCAAUUUCAGGAUUGCGAUGACGACGGCGAAGACGCUGCCGGCGGCCGUGUGUUGCAUGUUUUAGAGCUCAUGGGUGUCUGGGAUGUCAUGGUCGUGGUGUCAAGAUGGUAUGGCGGCGUGAAGCUCGGUCCAGACCGCUUCAGACUUAUCAACCAGUGCGCGAGGGAUGCUGUCGUGAAAGGUGGCUUCGCGGCUGUCGAAGAGGAGAAGGCCACUGGCAAAAAGAAGGGGAAGAAGUGA